CGUCAUGCCGUGUCCCCUAUCGAAACAUGGCCACUCACAUGGGCUCGAAUUCGUUUCGAUUUCGAUCACGCACAACGAGAUGGAAAUGGAUUUUUUCCUAACGUUCAGAAGGCUUUAUUAACGUCAUUAGUCGUUCGUUAGAUCAGAAUGAGUGAUUUGUUCGAGGACGACAGAGAUGGUUCGGAUUCCUCCAAGUCACCUUCCAGGAAAAACUCGGAAGGAGGUACAAAAUUUGGGGGUGCCUGCAGUGAGAAGCAAAAGCAGGAUGCUGCAAAACUCAUUGAGGAGUAUUACUAUCAACUCACUCAAGGGUGUGGAAACCCAGAUUGCAGCAACAAAGAAUGUGCAACAGGGAGGCAAAAUAGCAAUUUGGAGGCACUGCCUGCAAAUGAAGCAGCUGUGCAAGCCCUUCAUCUUCUCAUGACUGCUCCAAACCCAUCAUCUUUACUCUGCAAGAAGCAGACUAGGAAGUUAUCCAUUCUUGGCCAUAAUCACGUCAAGUCAUUGCCAUGUGAUAUGGAGGAAGGAGAAGAGUCAAGGGCAUCAGCAAACAACUCUGCAAGGAACUUCCAACAUAUGGCAUUCAGUGAAGAAUCCUUGAAGAAGAUCUUGGAGGAGUGUGAGAAGGAAGGAAAUUAUAGCCAGCUUGUGAGAACAGUGGGCCAAGUUUUCUCUGACCCAGACAUCCUAUUCGAGCUUUUUCUGAAAAAAGAUGGUGAGGAAACUGAUGGAUGUAAAGUGGACCUAGAUUCUGCAAGGAAAGUCUUCAGGCUACUGGAUAGUGUUUCUCACCAGCAUUUCUCCUCGUCUCUCAUCAAUGCUCUUUUGCUUCUUUCUGAGGAAGUGGAACUCAAAUUUCAUUGUAGUCAGAGUGAUUCACUGGAUUAUGUGAAUGUAUUAUUGGUGGUGUUCGAAUUGCCUAUGCUUUGGACAACAAGUGCGCUAGAGGCAUUGCCAGCCUUGUGCAAGGCUUUAUAUGUUGUGCCUAUCAAGGGGCAAGCCUUGUUAGCUAGAGUUUGGAGCAAAACAGAACCUGCCUUCAUUCAUCGUAUGUUAUUGGCACUUCAGUCUCUGAUCACUGACUUGAUUCUUCAACCCAAAUCUGGGGGUGACAUUCAAGAGAAAAUGGAAAUAUCAUACCCUAUUCAUUUCAUGAAGAUCUUGUAUUAUUCAAGCAUAGUAGGUGGGAAGCAUGAUGGACCUGAGUGCAGGCGUGUGGCUUCAGAUAGCCAUACAAGUUUGUCUCUUUUAUCUGAGUCAAUUGUGAAAGACCCAGAGUCAGCUGUGAGUCUGGACCCACUGGAACAUGAACUUGGUGUGAGACCAGUUGAUGCUCGGAAACCACUCAUCCCCUUCAAUGAAUUCUAUAAUGAGCCCCUGAGCGAGGAAUUCAGAAUGUUCCUGGCAAGUGAUGGCAAUUCUGGAGGCUUCAGUCUAAUGGACUAUGCAUUUGUCCUGACUCUCUCUGCCAAGGCUUUGGGUCUGUACUUUGAGAAUCGAGUGAGAAUGCAGGCAGAAAGGAGAAUGUGCCUCUUUCAGACUGCUCUACUUGGUGAACCAUCUGUCCCUUAUCUCAAGCUCAAAGUCAGACGAGACCACAUCAUUGAUGAUGCCUUAGUUGAGUUGGAGAUGGUGGCCCUACAAAGACCAUUGGAUUUACGAAAGCAAUUGAUGGUAGAAUUUGUUGGAGAGGAAGGUGUGGAUGAAGGAGGCCUUUCGAAAGAAUUCUUCCUUCUUCUCACAGAACGACUAUUUAAUCCUGACUUUGGAAUGUUUGCAUUGAACGAGGAGACUCAUACCUACUGGUUCAAUCCCACUUGCUUUGAAAGUGAUGCACAGUUCAGCCUUUUUGGCAUUCUCAUGGGACUGGCUCUUUAUAAUAGUGCCAUCUUGGCUGUGCAAUUUCCACUUGUUCUCUAUAGGAAGCUCAUGGGUCAACUUGGCACUUUUGAUGACCUAGAAGACUUCAGUCCUAUGCUCUAUAGAAGUCUGUGCGAUGUGUUGGCAUAUGAGGGGGCAGAUAUAGAAGAUGUCUUCAUGCAGAGUUUCCAAAUCAGUUACACAGAUGUGUUUGGCAAUACCAUGACCCAUGAACUGAAGCCUGGUGGAGAAAAAGUCAUUUUAACUCAGGAAAAUAAACAGGAAUUUGUGUCUCUCUAUGCUGACUUCCUGCUCAACAAGUCUGUUUCAAGGCAAUAUUCUGCCUUUGAAAGGGGAUUCCUUCUUGCCACUUCUGACUCUUCCAUUCAGAAGUUAUUUCGACCGGAGGAACUGGAGCGUCUCAUUUGUGGAGAGAGGGACUUUGACUUAGAGGCCAUGGAGGAGUCAACUGAUUAUGAUGGAGGCUAUAGCCCUGACUCCCCUGUGAUAAAGUACUUCUGGUCAGUGGUGCAUGAGAUGAGCGAAUCACAGAAGAAAGACCUCCUCCAGUUCACAACGGGGAGCGACCGAGUACCAGUUGGGGGUCUGAAAAAUCUCCGCUUCAUCAUUGCCUACAAUGGGCCAGACUCUGACAGGCUUCCCACAGCCCACACGUGCUUCAAUGCUCUCUUGCUACCGGAAUAUAGCAGUCGGGAGAAGCUGAAGGAGCGACUAUUGAAAGCCAUAUCCCAUGCCAAGGGAUUUGGAAUGCUUUGAGCGAUCACCCAUUCUCACACUCGUAGUGAAGAUCGUCAUCCUCUGAAUCUGUUCAUCCAUUUGCCCCGUGAAGGAGUGUUAUUACCC